AUGUGGGUCCUCCUGGGCUUGGUUUGUUGCCUGAUGCUUGGGAGGCUGCCGCUGUCUCUCUGUGCUUGCCCUUCCCAGUGUAGCUGCUCUUUCCACAGUAUCAGUGAAGGGACAAAAGCGAGAGCCGUUCUGUGCAAUGAUCCGGAGAUGACACUCACACCUGUCAACUUCCCAGGGGACACAUUUAAACUCCGGAUAGAAAAGACAGCCAUCCGAAGAGUUCCCGGGGAGUCUUUCCAUUCCCUCCGCAACUUGGAAUUCCUCUGGAUGCCCUACAACUCUUUGGCAAGUCUCAGUGUGAAUAACUUUAGGGGCCUCCGCCGACUGCAAGAGCUGAGACUGGAUGGGAAUGCUCUGACCACCUUCCCGUGGGAAGCCCUCCUGAGCAUGCCCCAGCUGAGGCUGCUGGAUCUGCACAAUAAUGAACUGGCCUCCAUACCAGCAGGAGCGGCUCAGUACAUCCGGAACGUCACCUACCUCGAUGUCUCCAGCAAUAAACUGGUGACGCUUCCUCAAGAACUUAUUGCAGUCUGGUCCAACCUCCAAGCAGUUCCAUACUUCCCCAGUGACCAUUCUAAGAUCAUCUUAGGUUUACAGGACAAUCCUUGGGCAUGUGAUUGCAGCCUUUACGAAAUGGUCCAUUUCCUCAACUUCCAGUCCCCCAACAUAGCAUUCAUUGAAUCGAGACUCAAAUGCUUCACUCCUCGGAGUCUGGCUGGUGUUUUCUUCAGUCAGGUUGAGCUGAGAAAGUGCCAGAGUCCUGUUGUGCACACGUCGGUGGCCAAAGUGAAGACCAUCCUGGGAAGUACAGUGCUGUUGCGGUGUGGGACCACUGGAGUUCCUAUUCCUGAGCUGAGCUGGAGGAGGGCCGAUGGAAAUCCACUCAAUGGGACAGUGCAUCAAGAAAUUUCCAGUGAUGGAAUGAGCUGGUCUAUUUUAGGCUUACCUGUUGUUUCUUACCUUGAUUCUGGUGAAUAUAUAUGCAAAGCAAAAAACUUCCUUGGAGCAACAGAAGCUUUCAUCUCCCUGAUCAUCACAGAUUCUGAAAGCACCGAUGACCCCACUGCCAAUUCAAAAGGAAUGUGGAAUGGAAAAGUGAGUGGGAUGGAAGCAGCAGCUUACAACGACAAUUUGGUGGCAAGGUAUGUUAUCACAACCUCAACAUCUCCUACCUUUGGCGCAAGAUCCAUUCGUGCCAACACCGAAGGGAAUCUGGCACUUCGGGAUGAGGCAGUAAAUAAGAUCAACAAUCCGAGAAAUCUCUUAGCCAGUCCACCCACUGCCCAGCAAGAACCUGAACGCCUAGUGAGGUCUGUUAGAGUCAUCGGAGACACUGAUCAAAGUGUCUCGUUAGCCUGGAAGGCGCCCCAGGCCAAGAACACGACUGUGUUUAGCAUCCUUUAUGCCAUCUUUGGAGAAAGAGACAUGCGUAGAAUCAAUGUGGAGCCAGGUAAGACCAAGAUCACCAUCAAUGGGUUGAUGCCAAAGACCAAAUACAUCGUCUGUGUUUGCGUCAAAGGGCUGAUUCCCAGGAAAGAGCAAUGCAUCAUCUUUUCCACCGACGAAGUUGCCAGUGCAGGUGGAACCCAAAAGCUGAUCAAUGUGGUAGUCAUCAGUGUGGCUUGUGUUAUCGCAGUUCCUCUGACCUUAGUUGUCUGUUGUGGGGCUCUUAAAAGGCGCUGCAAGAAAUGUUUCACAAGGAAACCCAAGGAGAUUCAGGACUCUUAUGUCACCUUUGAAAGCCUCUCCCCAGGGGCCAAAGCCAAAGGAAUGGAAGGGGAAUACUUGACUAGACAUACGCCUGAUGAAUCGAACAGGUUGCUCUCUGCACGGUCCAGUGUAGACUCUGAAGCAAUCCCAAAGGCCGAAGGACAGCCAAAUGAGUACUUUUGCUGA